CCCCUCCCCCUCUCUGCUCCCCGCCUCCACUCCAUUCCGUCUCCUCGCUGCCGCCGCCGCCGCCGCCACGCUCCCCUCCCGCCGCCAUUGCCCCCGUCUCCAGCGAGCCUUCCACCCUGCCCUACCCAACGCGCGAUACCCGCCGCCCGGCGCGCGCUCCACCCCGGUUCCCCCUCCGCCCGCGACACCGAGCCCCGCCGGAGCGGGGAAUCCAUGGCCGCGGGGACGGCGCGCGCACCGGCCGCCGACAAGAGGUGGGGUUUUGCUGCCGCUGCGGCCGCGCCGACGAGGACGCCCGCUGUUGGGGUUCCGGGAACGGCCCCGAGACCCAGCAACAUGUCAGCUCGAAGGGACGAUUUACCAUGGGGCGAGAGGACAAUGUCCCCAGCACCAAAUGCAUGGGGUUCAUCGUCGCUCUUAUCUCUCAAGAAUGAUAGAGGUUCUGGUUCGUUUGGCAACAUCAAUGAUCGCCCUUCUACUGGAGGAAGCUCGAGGACGUCGACAGAUGGAAGUGACUUGCUUGACUCACCUCUUGCACGGGGUGGAACUAUGCAUGAUUCUACAUCUGUGAUAAGUCAUCUUCAAAUAGCAGACUUAAGAUCAGGAAGCUCACAAUUUCCAUGUUCUCAAACUUCUUUCUCGGAUGUUCUCAAAGCCCCUUUGAGAACUAUUGCCAAAAGGAGACCUACAUCAUACGGAAAGGGGUUUACUCUAAGUGCAGAUGAUUUCCCAGUACUUGUUUCCAAGAACUCUCAAUCAAACAUCCAACAAGGCCAUAGUUUUCAAGGGCGACCAACUUUUAGUUCUGUUACUAUGGCGGCCCGAGAUGAACAAAGAAAGAUCCCGAUAACUGGAGGAGAUCCUGUUUCUGCCACAAACUUCUCUAUGGAAGCACAACCGGCUCAACUACAUGCUGCACAGACUCCUGAUAUAUGCAUGCCUCCUCCAUGUGUUGAUUACUGGAAUCCUCCUCCUGAUCACCCCCCUGACAGAAAUGCGAUUUGGCAUGGAGGAGCGGCAUCAUAUGGUCCGUGCAAGCCUGCAGACACACCUGGUAGCUUCUUUGAGUCUUUUUCUCAUAAUGGUCAGUUCCUUCUUAGCCAGGGUGGAGAAGCAAGGCAUGGUACAGUACCUGGUGGUUAUCACCCUGAAAACAAAGAUUCCUGCUGUGCUCAUGUGCCUGCCGAUGCUUGGAUAAAAGAGCUACCUCAUCUCAUGCUUGGAAAGGUCAAAGAUAACCAUUCAGAUGCACGUGCACUUGAGAAGCAAGUCAUCAAUAAGGAUGUGGCACUGCUAGAGAAAAUUAAGUGUCUAAAUAUUAAAGCUAGAAAUCUUCAUGCUGGUAACAAAUCAGAAAUAUCUUCUUGCAGGGAAUCCAAGGUCAAACACCCGGAAACCAUUGAUCUAGAAGCAUAUCAUGUGACAAAUGAUCUUCCCUUCAGUGUUGUCAUCAGUGAUAUCCCUUCUGCCUUUGACAUGGCUAAUUCGGUUUCUGAAAGCAUUAAUCAUGUACCAAUUGGUACAUCAAAUGUGUCUGCUGCUGCUAAUCUUGUAGUGGUUGAUCUGUCAGAAGGACACGUUACUAAAUUCAGUGAAGGUAGAAAGCUAGGUGGAUCUGCUGAUAAUCUUGUAUGUGGAGUAGGGAAUACUUCAAGAAACAAUCGUCGUAGCUCUGUUAUGGACACUGCAUCUGAUAUUUGGGGACCUGGAUGGGAAGAACACUCUGCAGUUGACUAUUUGCAAGUUGCUAUGACAAAUACUCAUGAAGAUCAACCAUUUGCUGGGGACAUCUUGCAGCAGGUGCAUGUGAGAACUGGUGAUGACAUGCUAAGUUCUCCUGAUUAUGAAAUCCAGCUUUCAAGCAGAGGAUUGUCUGCCCAACAUGCAAGACAACUACAGAAAGAGGGGAUGGGGAAACUUCAACAAAAUGCAACAGCUCUUGCAAAACUGGAAGAAUUAAACAGAAGUUCAUUUGUACAGAAUCAGAAGUUGAAUGAUAUGCCAUUACAAGCAGACAAAAAUCUUCAUAAACAAAGUGCUGGAGGUGAUGGAACUACUAAGAAUGAUACUUCAACAUCAGAUACAUGUUGUACUGCAUCUGCUACAGCAAAUGGCACAAAAACUUUUACAGUUCCUAUCAGCUAUGUUCCACCACCAGGCACUGCAGGUGUUAACAGAGGUCCUUUGACUCACAAUGUAGUGCCUUCAGCCAAGAAAACUGACAUUAACAUGCUAGAACACACUGCCCAGAAAUGGGGAGCACAGCCACAUGACGGCAGUGCUCCAAAUCAUUUGCAGGUGGGUGAUAGGGAAGGACUAGUUCAUAAAAAAGAGAAUAUUUCAAGGGUCUCCACUCCAGCAUCAGACACUGCAGAUGCUAGCAAUGGCCCUUUGAUUCAAAAUGUCAUUCCUUCAGCCAAGAGCACUGCCAUCAACAUGAUUCACAUUGACCAGAAAGGUGCAUCAGAGUCAUGUGACAGCAUGGCUCCAAUGCUUUUGCAGAUGAAGGAUAAGAGAAGACAAGUUCAUUCACAGGAAAGAAUUUUAAGGGGCCCUCCAGCAUCACAAUCUGCAGGUGGGAACAAUGGCUCUUUGAUUCACAAUGUCUUGCCUUCGCCAAAGAACAAUGGCAUCAACAUGACAGGAUAUAUUGUCCGGAAAAGUGCAUCACAGUCACUAGAGAACAGUGCUCCAAAGCAUUUGCAGAUGGAGGAUAGGAGAAGGCAAGUUCUUUCACAGGAGAGAGUUCUGAGGGAGCGGUCAAACAUGGCUGAAAGUACAGAAAAUAUUAUAACUGUUGCUGGGACUCUUGUGGAAACACAAAAUGCUGAAGCUAAACCUCAUGCGGACCUCUCAACCCAAAGCAAGAAUAGAAGACCUGCUUCACAGCAUGUGUUUGGUAAUGAGAAUACAGAAGCCUCAAGUGUGCAUAAAACCCAUGUAUCAGGCGUUGUUAUCAACAAUGCUAUAAUCCCGGUGCAGGUUUCUUCUGUUAGAGGUUUUACUGUUGGGAGUAUAAUGCUUGGGGAUGCUUCACUUGCAUCUGUGAAUCAGGAGAAAACAGUGGCCAAGAAAGUGCAUGAUGAUGUAAAAAAUAGGUGUGCAAGUCCUAAGCAGACAAAACAAUCUGGAAUGAAUCAGCAUGGUGUACAGCGUUUUAAGUCCGAGGCUGGUGGGCUGAACUGCAUGGAAAUACCUGCUCCCACCCAGCCAUCUAUGAAUGAAAGCAUUGUUUCACAGAAUCUGGCACCAGUAAAAACAAGUGAAAUGGAGAGGCAUGCACAUAAGCCUGCAUGCAAAGAGCUGGGUCUGCAGAAUCUGAAGCAAAUGCUACUGGCAGAUAACAACACAUCUUCUGAUAAUUCGUCAACAUCCAAAUUGGAUACUAAGACUCCUGACAAGAAGGCACUCGGUGCUCCCGCUGCUCCAGAAGCUGUGGUUCAAACAGAACCUGAUAACCGGGAGGAUGGGCAAACUAGCAAGCAUCUAGGCAGGAGCAGUGCUGCUUCAAACCAAGGAAUUAUGAACAGUUCAGCCUCAGCAGCACCAGACCAUAAUGAACAGGAAACCAACUCGUUAGUAUUAAAAAUCAUGCAGGAGUUAUCUGAUCAGUUGGACCAAGUAGAGAAGCAGCUCGAGUCCAGCACCCAUGUCGCUAGCUCACAGCCAACCCAAAUGAUUUCGCUACCUGGCUAUACUUGGGGAGAACAUCAUGCUAUUCACGGUCGAAGGCAGUACCAUGGCCAAAGAAACAUGUGGAUCAACUAUGCCAUGAACAGCCACAUCGAUGGGAGAGUCGUGACACAGAAGGCAGCUCUGCCUACCGCUCAUCUGUUGCCCGGACCUGUCUCCGUUCCUGUUCCUCAGUACAACUACAAUGUGCCUGGCGUCAACAGUGCUACAGGAUGGAUGUGGGACACCUCUGAAGGCGUACUGAUAUCUGACACUAGCGAAGUCCUGGGUCUCGGUACUGCAAUUACCGCUGGAAGCAUCGCCGAACCUACUCAGAACAUAUACAGGGUCGGCCAAGUUGAUCUGCACGGUGCGGUUGGAGGCAUGGCUUAUGGAGCUGCUGUUGGUGCUGCGAGCCCUGAGGUCUGGUACCAGCCAGGUCUGGAACUUGAGCAGCUGAACCCGGCAUGGUUCCCCCACGACGGCAUGCACCACCACGGUGGCACUGGCGUGUACUUGCCGGGGAUGGGCCAUGGCGCUGGGGCGCAAACUCAUGGCGGCGGCGCUACUGGAUAUGUGGCCGGACCAAUGGUCGGUGUCGGGGGUCUCGAUUACCUGCUGGUGCCAGUUGGGCCUCCCGUUGCUGCCUGGACUGGUACUGGGGGCACCACGGCGAGCGCAGGGCGUCCCGCUGAGGCUUGGGAAGCGGCUUACAGCAGCGAGCACAUGUACUACUUCUGAACUCUGGUGGCCUGAUGACUAGCUAUUAGCAACACUUGUAGCAUUGUCUUUCAGUUAGCAGCUCUUGUUGCUAUAACUAUACUUGCUUUGCUCACAACUCUGCAUUGCUAUACGUGGCGUCUGCGCUGCUUUGGAAUCGUUGUGUUUCCAAUUCAUUCAAUCAUGUAAUGAGAUUGCUCCGCGCUCUUGCAGUGCCUUUUGCAUCACUUUAUUUAUUGUCGGUGACUUGUGAGCAUAUUAUUGUAUAUUGGCACAUGAAUGUUUUGAAGCAUCCAUCUGUAUGGAGUAUGUGAUUUGGCGUUGGAGCA